GUCCUGUGCUCAGCCCGCAGCGGGCGAGUCACUACUCCUAGACCAGCAGCGACUGUCAGGAACCCAAGGGGGGGCGGGUCAGCGAAGAGCCCUCUCCCCCCGACACCCGCAGAAACUUUGCGCCAACUCCGGUCUCGGGCUGAGAUGCGCCCGGGGGGUUGGGCACAGUGAGAGGGGGGCAUGAGUGAGCCCGGGGCCGCCCCAAUGUCCCGCAAGCAGCGGCUGAUGGCAGCGUUGGAGGAGGAAGAGGAGGACGUAGCAGCAGCGCCCGCAGCGGGUGACGGGCUGCUCUACUGCUUCAUCUGCGGGGGAGGGGUGCCCCGGGGGCGUGAGGUCCGGCUGCCAGUCCGGUGCCCGGCCCGGGAGGGCUGCGCCUUCUUCCCCUUCCUGCAGCAGCAGGAGCCUGCACCCGGGGCGGAGCCGCUGAGCCCGGGGGGCAGUGCCCGGGUGUGCGCCGUGUGCCAGCGCUUCCUGGGGGCGCAGUGGGACGCCUUCGAGCGCAGCCGGACCCCGCUGGAGAAGCGCAUGUACUGGCUGAAGAGGCCCUAUCAGUGCGGCGAGGGGUCCCGGGGUCACGCCCGGGACUGGAACCCCAACUACGACUCCGAACUAUCUGACCUGUCCGACAACCCGCUCAGUGACCCGGAGGAGGGCACAGAACCCGCCAGGAGACAGUGCCUGGCACCUCUGCACAACGCCCCCUGCCGGGUGUCCCCUCUGGACGCAGAGAUUGUGGAGAAGGAGAACGGGCACCUCGUAGUGAUUUGCUACAUCUGCGGCUCUCCCAGCGCCGGCAAUCUCAUCCACGUGCAGAAGCAGGAGCACUCACCCGAAACGCCCUUCUUCCCCUUCCUGUGGCUGCACACCCCUCCACCUGGUGCCCACCCCAUCACGCCAGGUGGCAGUGCCAGGGCGUGUGCCAGCUGCUUCUCUUCUCUCAUGCAGCAGUGGCACAGUUUUGAUAUGGCCAAUGUGCCUGUCCUACAGCGACUCUAUGUGGUGCCCCUCCAUGCCAGCAGCACCCCUGAGAAAGGUGCAGCCUCCCGCACCAGUGACCCUCACCCCAAAGGGCCAGUUGCCUGCUACUUGUGCGGAGAAGAGUGCGCCAACCACCCCAAACUGGUGCGCUCCAGGAUCACUAAUGGCAAUGCCAAAACCACCAUGCACUUCCCCUUCAUCGCCCAGCUGCCCUGCCCACCUGGUUCCCGUGGGGUGACCCAGCAAGGUGAGGUGCAGAGCUGCCGCAAGUGCUAUGGGGUGUUAGAAGAUAUUUGGGCCAUUUACAGGGCAUCCCAGAAUGAGGAGCUCCUAAACUCAGUGCAGAGCUUUCUUGGUAGGUACCAUCAAGUGUUUGCUUCCUCAGAUCCCAGCCCCUCUGCAGUCACCCCAAACAGGAGGGCAGGAACAUCCAGCAUCCACCCCGCACCUACCUCUAUCUGCUAUGUGUGUGGGACAGAACUAGGUCCAGGAUCUGAGUACCAGCUGAGCAUCAACCCACCCAGCAGGUAUGCAGACAAGGAGCCCUUCUUCCCCUUCCUGACUGUCUAUCCCCCAGCACCUAGAGCCAGACCUGCAGACUCCACAGGUCUAGUGUCCACCUGCGGCCUCUGCUACCAUGACCUCCUGGGGCAGUGGUUCCAACACGAAAUGAAGACGCAACACCCCAGCAGCUCCUGGUCAAGACAGUACCAAGUGGAGACCUUUGUGUGCUUCUUCUGUAGGCAGGAGAAGAGGCGGGUGAUGGGCUUAAAGACAGUCCAGGUAGCCAGGCUGCCGAUCUUCCUGUUGGCAUCAAGAGUGCCCAACAGCUUGUUUGUGGAUGAUGGGAAACAGCUACUUAUUGGAGCCUGUACCGAAUGCAAGCCGUUGGCGUUGGUGGACAUUAAUAUGGGACACACUGGAUCAUCAAUACCAUCCUCUCCGGCUGUAAGCCAAACUUCCAGCACUACCUCCCGCAUUUCUGGACCCGGUCGCAGCACACCGCAGCUGAGCGAACUUGAACAGAACUUCAAAGCAGGCAAAGACCCGCCACUUCCUUGCUGGGAAAGCUGCUCCGAUGUGACACGUGCAGAACAAGGCACUGCAAGCAUGAACCAUGAGCCCAAGUCACCUUCCAUAGGAAUGCUUUCUACAGCCACCCGGACCACGGCCACAGUCAGCCCCCUCACUCCCUCCCCUCUCAAUGGCUCCCUGGUACCCAAUGGCAGCCCGGCGGCCAGCAGCGCGUUAUCAGUCCAGUCCGCACCCUCCUCCAGCUUUGCUGCUGCGCUGCGUAAACUUGCAAAACAGGCAGAGGAGCCAAGAGGAUCAUCAAUAAGCACCGAGUCUUCCCCAGUCUCCUCACCAGCCACAAACCACAGUUCUCCUGCCAGCACACCCAAGAGGGGUCCCAUGGGGCCGAUCAUAGUGCCCCCAACAGCACACAGUGUUCCCAACACUCCACCUGUGGUGACCAUUGCCCCAACAAAAACGGUGAAUGGAGUGUGGAGGAGCGAGGCCCGCCAGUCGGACAAUUCCUCUCGGGCAAACAGUAUCAGCAGAGAGCGUCUCAUAGCGGAAUCUCAGCUGCCCUCCGAGAAGACUGGCACUUCCUCCGUACCUUCACACCUGCUGGGGAACGCAUACGCCUUUGCCAUCCCACCGAACUCCGUCGUUCAAGAUUCCCGCUUCCAACCCUUAAACCUGCAGAGGCCUGUGCACCACGUGGUCCCUCCAAAUGCAGUUACAGAAGAAUACUUACGCAGCUUCCGUCCAUACCACACGGCUGAGGACCUCCGCAUGCCCUCUCUUCCCCACAUCGGUUUGGAUCCAGCUACCGCGGCAGCAUAUUAUCACAACAGUUACCUAGCCCACCAUACCUUCCCCCACCCAGCUUUCAGGAUGGAUGAUUCAUAUUGCUUGACAGCGCUGAGGUCCCCGUUCUAUCCCCUCCAUAACCCUGGAUCCCUUCCUCCUCUACACCCCUCAGCAAUGCACCUGCAUCUGUCUGGAGUCCGGUACCCCACAGAUCUUUCUCAUUCGUCGCUGUCCGCACUACAAUCAGAACGCAUCUCCAGCCUGGCAGCUGAGAGACUUCAAAUGGAUGAGGAGCUUAGGCAGCGAGAAAGGGAAAGAGAGCGGGAGCGAGAACGAGAAAGAGAAAAAGAAAGAGAAGCUGACCGAGAACGGGAGAAAGAGAGGGAGCGAGAGAGGGAACGGGAGAAAAAAGAAAUGGAAAGAGAGAAGGAACGAGAGAGGGAGCGAGAACUUGAAAGGCAAAGAGAACGCACACGAGAAAAAGAGGCCAGCCUUAUGAAAAGCAUAGAAAGCCAGUUUCUCGUGGAGCCAGAUGUCCAUCCGCACCGAAGCCACCAGGAAGAGCGUGUGAAGCCCACAGAGCAGCCUGCACCCAGUAGACCUGAGAAGAUGAAAGAAUCACCUUUACAGGCUGCCAAGCCAGUCCAACACCCAAUGCACCAGCCCCCGCCAACCCACCAUUCUGUGCCGAGCCUUAUCUCCAGCCAUGCCACUUUCCCUCCACCAAGCAGUACGGCAGCAGCCGCUCUUCUGGCACAGAGGACACAGGAGGAGGAGAAAUGGUUGGCUCGAAAAGACGCACAAAGACGCCUAAGGCAGGAGAAAGAGGAUCGACAAUACCAAGUGUCAGAAUUUCGGCAGCAGGUGCUAGAACAGCAGCUGGACAUUAGUGGGCGUCCUAUCAAUCAACAAGAGCCUGAAACGAGACCAGAUAGCAUCAGGGCAAUUUCCAACCGUAAUGACGGUAGUGUGCAACAUUUUGGAGGACCACCACCCCUCAUUUCUCCCAAGCCUCAACAGCAUUCUGCUCCCACAUCACUCUGGAACCCUGUGUCACUCAUGGAGAGCUCUUCAGAGCCUCGUCGAAGCCAAGAACCUGUCACCAUUCACAACCACACCACUCCUAUUUAUGAACAUAGACCAACCUUGACCUCCGUGAAAGUAGAACGCCCAUACUGCUUUGAAAAGCAGCAACAAGAGGAGGAAGACUUAGCAUGGAGAAGGGAACAGAUGGAAAAGUACCAGCCCAUUCGGGAAUCCUCCACAUUGGAGCAUACUGGCUACUCCCAUGCCCCUUUUCUAGCUGAACUUGAAAAGUCAACACAGUCUUUCCUAAACCAACAAAGGAGUUCCCUCCAGCAGGCCGGCCAGACAACUGAGAUUACCCUCUUGCACAAGCCCAGCUUGUCACACCGUCCACCCCCAACAAGGAUUAGAGACCCAAUGUAUGUGUACGAUGAGUUCCUACAGCAGCAUCGGAGGCUGAUCAGUAAGUUGGACCUUGAGGAGCGGCGGCGGAAAGAAGCUCGUGAGAAGGGUUAUUAUUACGAUCUAGACGAUUCUUAUGAUGAAAGCGAUGAGGAGGAAGUAAGAGCCCAUCUCCGCCGGGUGGCCGAGCAGCCGCCACUGAAACUGGAUACAUCCUCUGAGAAAGUAGAGUUCCUUCAGAUGUUUGGACUCACAACUCAACAAGAAAAAGAGCGGCUCCUGCAACAGAAACGCAGGAAGAGAAGGCGGAUGUUACGGGAAAGAAGCCCAUCCCCUCCCACAGUACAAAGCAAAAGGCAGACCCCAUCCCCGCACUCCCCCCUCUCCACGCGAUUCAGUCCAGACGAGCUCAAUAACAGCCCCAACCUGGAGGAGAAGAAGAAAUUUCUGACUUUCUUCGACCUGUCGCACGUCAGUGCAGAGCGGAGGAGAGAUAAGGAGAAGCUAGUUGAAAUGCUUCAGGCCAUUAAGCAGAAGAACACUGUAUCUGAAGCGGUGAAGAAUCCCCCAUUGGCGGCUACGUGUCGGAGCACCCCUCCUAUACCCACAGGUCCAGUCUCUGAAGAUCCGAUUGCAGCACAGCCAUCGCCUGAUGCACCACCACCUGUCCCUUCCACUUCUAGCACUGUUUCGGUAUCGGAGCCUGCAAAGCCUCCAGAACUCAAUCGCCCAGAGCAGCCAAAACUGUUGGAAUCUGCCAGGGUACCCCCUCUGCCUAUUCCAAUACAAACUCCACCUGGCACUACAUUGGGUACUGAGAAAGUCAGGCAGAGUGAGGGUCCACCUGCCAAAAAGAGUUUGAGCAUCCUUAACUUUAUGCGAGGUCACCCACCCAAAGAGCCCCCCGUACAGCCAUCCCAAAGCGUGAAUGGGAGGAGCAAAUCCUGGGAGCCUUUCAGGGCCGAGGAGUUUGCUCACCAGUUCCACGAAUCUGUGUUACAGUCCACUCAGAAAGCCCUACAGAAGCACAAAGGAGUGUCUGUCUUGCACUGCGCAGAGCAAAACCACAAACCGGACGCAUCUGUCCACUAUAACAUUCCCGAGCUGCAGCAAUCCAGUAGGGCCUCAGGCCCAGUUACACACCAGAAUGGGCAACAGGGCCAGUCAUCUGUGGGACGGGUACAGCCACAACAAGAAGCCACCUCUGGGGAGGAGACAUCUGAGGAAGAGGAGGAGGAAGAAGUAGAAGAGGCACCCAGACCCAAGUGGCAGGGGAUUGAGGCAAUAUUUGAAGCUUACCAAGAACACUUAGAAGAACAAAACAUUGAACGUCAAGUUCUGGAGACGCAGUGCAAGCGACUAGAAGCUCGGCACUAUAACCUGAGUCUGACGGCGGAACAGCUGUCGCACCGCAUGGCGGAUCUGAUGAGUCAGAAGCAGAAAGUGGCCUCUGAGAGGGAGAGGCUACAAGCUGAACUAGAACACUUUAGAAAGUGCCUUGUUUUGCCCUCCUCGCCAUGGUCUAGGGGAUACUUCAAAGGCCACCCCAGGUGACACCCCCUCUUGCACUAGGUCUGAACAUACAGUAUAGAAAUAUCUAUUUUAUUAUCUUGAUAUUUAAUAUUUUUCACUGGGAGGAUUGGAAAAAGAAUCCGCCACCUUCUGUUACUGCCUGUACUACCGUGGGAAAGGGGGGGCAAAAGGAAAAAAUCUAAAGACAAAAAAAUCUAAAUAUAUAUAUAUAAAUAUGAAUGUGCCAUGCAUGUCUCUAUGGAUGAAGGGAGUUGGCAAAGAGAAACAGGUCUCGUCUAUAGCAAAUCUGGCACCUGCUUACCAUAUCCCUAACCAGGAUUUACUGCUGACAGUACAAGAAAGCGAGAGGACUGUGCUAUUGUGGACGCCUGCCUUCCUUCGUCUAUCAUCCGCAUCGUGCUAUCGUAUGGAGCUGCCACCUGCGGCUUUUAUUUAUCACUUGUUCCUUGCUGACCAUUCAGGCCACCAAAAAUGACUCUUCUUGCCAGGAUAUAGACUUUUUUUUUUUUUUUUAUCAAGAAAUUAUAGAAUAUAAUGAGAUUGUAAAAUUAAGGAAUUAUCCUACAUCAAAAAAAGAAAAAGAAAUGAGUUUUAUCCUUGCAAAGCUUUGCAGCUUGCAACGGGAAUGCACUUAAGCCUGGAAGUCUGGUUAGCGGUACCUUCCUAGCUGCCCGAUGGUGGAGUUAUCACUGAAAAGCUGCUAGACUCCUCCCUCAUACACACAAAUGGACGCCAUUGGAAGAGAAACACAAUAAUCAGGUGCUUUCACACACCUAUUACUGUACAUAUUAAAAAUAUUUUUUUUGUAUGUUUUUAUUACGUUAAUUAUUGUUAUAAAGAAAAAAGCCGCCA